AUUAAGACGUGCUGGAUAUUGACAGCGUUUGAUCAGAAAGCUAAAAAUAAUUUUUAAAUUAACUGAUGAUAGUUCUCAAAAUAUGGCGUAAAUAAUAAAAAAGAAUGAAAGGCAAAGGGAAGGGAAUAUCUGACCAAGAUUGUCCUCUUCUGUUUCCUGACCUGGAGCCAGUUGAUCAUGAAACAAAAUGUCCAAAAUAUACAGCUAUUUUAGCUAGACCAGAAGAAGAAGGUAUUGUUGUAGAAGAACUAGACCAAAUACAAAUUGAUGUAGAGACUUUGUUAGCUGCUGUGGGAUUACGUUUAAAACAGCUAGAAGAAGAGAAAAGUACGCUGAAUAAUUGGCAGGAUAAAAAAGAUGGCAAACUUGUUAAAAAUCAACAGCCAGAAACCCCUCCACCAUCCUUGAAGAGAGGUAAAACUGCAGAUGAAAAACCCAGUAAGAAAUUUAAAAGUCAGGGUUCAGAUGUAUCUGGUAAAGGAUCACAUGCAACACCUCCCGGCAAACCAAAAGGCAAGAUAGCACAGGUAAGAUCAGAAUUAGAAUUUGCAGCUGAUUCCCCUGAAAUCUUACCAAGACUACAUAAAAAUGAUGUUGUAAAUAAGUUCUGGCAGUCUGUAGAGCCGUACUGUUCUGAUAUUACCAACGAAGACAUUAAAGUUCUGGAAGAUCUUCUCAGGUCACAUGACAAUGAUGAUGAUUACUUCAGAAUACCACCGCUUGGCAAACAUUAUACAGAGAAGUGGGCAGAGGAAGAUAUACUAGAGGAACAGAGGGAUGGUGCUAAAAUGAAUAGCAAAACAAGAAAUACCAACAAUAAUCAUUAUAACAAUACAGAAGACAGUACAACAUUACUGAAAAAAGCAGAACAGAACAAUAUAGAUGAAUCCCCAUUUGGGCCUCUGACACAGAGACUAGUAUCAGCCCUAAUUGAGGAGAACAUUAUGACCUCUAUUGAUGAUGUUAUGACAGAUGUAAAUGGUGGGUCAGAGGCACCAGCUAUAUCACCAAAGGCUCUAGCAAAACAAUUGAAUAUUGGUAAUCCCAGUCAUUUGGAGAAAAGAAUCAAAAGAGAACUUGAAGAGCAGGGUCUUUUAGAUAGUGAAGAUAAAGUCGAUGAUGACCCAGACGAUGAGAUUUUAAUGGAACUAAAGCAAAAACAACAAGAACUUAAAACUUUAUGUCAACAUAAUAUUAGUAUGACUAAAAAUAUGUUAGAUAAAGCAAGGGAGGAAAUGAAGAAACAGGAUAUGAAGAAAAAACUAGCAGCAGCAGACUCGGAGAUUCUGGAAGCAUAUAGAAAAGUGCAAUUAGCUAAACAGAAGAAGAAGACUCCAACAAAGAAAGAAAGAGAUUCUGUAUGGAAAGCUCUGAAGGACAGAGAAAAUAUGGUUAAAAUGAUUGAAGGAUCUGAGAAGUGAAAUAAAUUAAUAGCAUGCCAAGUAGACAUUUACUGUGUAUAUUGUAUGACAUUGGUGAAAUUGUAUGGGAAUAUUUGAUUCAGUUGCAAUAUUUUGGAUAUUUAAACAAAAAGUAACAGCAAACAAAACAGUUUGGAAGUGUUGUGCUUUGAAUAAUAAUACAUAAUAAAUUCUCAGGAUUAUCACUUAUUAACUAGACUAUCAACAGAAGAUACAUUCACAGACAAAAAUAAAUUAAUAAUUGAAUGCCUUAAAUACUCUUUCAGAAAAUACCUCCUUUUAAUGAUACAGUUGGUAUUAAGAAUAACGUAAGUUUUGUAAUGACCAGAUUUCAUGUACAUAAAAAGGCAAUUAUUCUUGUGAAUUAUGAGUGUUAAUAUUAUUUUGUAUUUAAGACUUCAUCAAACUGAAGCUUAAGUAAUUCUGAUAGUUUCAGUCUUUUAAAGUUAUAAUUGUACUUAAUAUUAUUCAUCAUUCAGUGUAUUAUAUAAGCAUCUCAUAAACGACAUAAUAUCAUUUUUUCUUUCAUACUGAAUAUUAAACCCAUUUCUUUCCAUACUUUUGCAUGAUGUCUGUCUAAAAUCAUAGAUGCCAAAUUUACAACAAUCUAAGUACUUCUCUGCAUUGGCCUUCAUCAGAAAUGCUCAAAGCCAAAAAUUGCAGUUUAAGCAAUAAUUUAGAAAAGUAUCAGCAUUGAAAAUAUUUCCUUAGAAGGUUACAAAGAUGCAUUUGCCACAUGCAUAAAGGCAUGCAUACCAAUCAUGGAUUUAGAUUUUUUUUAAAUGAGGGGAAUGAGGGUAGGGGUUCCACCUAGAAAAAGGGUUCCACACUAACUUUUACUUGAUUACAUAAAAAUCCUAAAUUCUUCUAGGUCUGCCAAUGCUUACCAUUAUAGAACACUAGAUCACCAAAAAGAAAAGAAUGUAAGUGCAAAAAUAAUGUCAUAAAUUAUAGUAAACUUCAUCUUAUUUUACAAUCUUAAGAAACUCUAUCUGAUAAUUAGAUUGGAGUGAAAUGUCAUCAUCAGAACAGAAUUAUCAUAUUCUGUUGAUAUCAAACAUUUUUGAUACUCAUAGUUGUAACCUUCAGCCGUAACAUGGCCUUGUGAUAUCUUUAAUCGUUGUUUUGGCAGAGAUUUGAUAAGGACAGAGGAAAUAUAUUAUCUGAAAAGUUUUGUUAAAUUAUUUAUAUCAGUAUUCAAACUUCCUAUAUAGAUCAGUUUAAAAUGUUUCCUUAUAUUUGUAUGCUUGUUUGUAAUAUGUAGUUAACAUUGUUUUAUAUAUGUUGUGUAAUUACUUUGUUUACAGAAGUAUUUAGAUGUAUCAACAAAUAAAUAAAAAAAUAAUAAUUC